AUGCCUUAUUACUCUCACUUAAACGACGGGUCAUGUGUUCGAGCUGGCAUCCCGAGCUCUACAACUGUUCACACGGAGUUCAUUCGACGUCACAGCGAUUUGAGAGAGAAUGCGCCGGCGACGGUGUGCGGUGCGAGAGAGAGAGUACCGGCUGAUAGUGCACAGGUGUGCGCAAUAUCAGCUGUUCGAACGCUCGUGCCUGUACAGUGCGCCCAGAGCAAGGCGGUCCGC